AUGAUAACAUUUGUUGACUUGCAAAAUAUAAUUAAUACUCGUCGUACAAUUAUAUUAUCCUGUUGUACAAUGUUCACUGGUCUUCUACAGAUAAAGAAUAAAUUACCAACUCAUUGCCUACAACGUUCAAGUUAAAUUUCCUCAGAUUUCGUUGCUACUUGAUUGUGUAUCGUAAUUUGUAAGUGUGAACGAUUAUCUGUAAAAAUGGUCGUCAAGGAAAUAAUGCACGAUCCCCAGUUCCAAGAAGAGUUGAACGCGAACUGCAUGAAAUUGUUGGUUGUAGACUUCUCAGCCACCUGGUGCGGUCCGUGUAGACGCAUCGCGCCGUUAUACGACGAACUAUCUAACAAGUACGAUCGUGCAGUAUUCCUCAAAGUGGAUGUUGACAAGUGCCAAGAGACUGCUGCCAGCCAAGGUGUGUCAGCUAUGCCAACUUUCAUAUUCUACCGUAAUAAAGCUAAAGUGGCAAAGAUUCAGGGUGCUGACAUCGGAGCAGUUGAAACAAAAAUUAAACAACUAUAUGAAGCAGCAUGUGCAGCUACUGGUGAUGAUUGUGGAGUACCAGGUCAGAUGGACCUGAACUCAAUGAUUAUGAAAAAUCAAUGUGAAGCCCUCAAUGAUUCGGAUGACCAUCCAUUGUCUGCACUUAUUGAGAGUCGUGGCUAUAUAGAAUCAGAUUGCGAUCAACAACUUAUCUUAUCAUUAACUUUCACACAAUCUGUCAAAGUUCAUUCUAUUAAAGUUAAAGCUCCAAAAGAUAGUGGUCCAAAAAUGUUGAAAUUGUUUAUUAACCAACCAAACACCUUAGACUUUGAUACUGCUACUAGUAAUGUAGCUACCCAAGAACUUGAAUUGAAACCUGAAGAAUUGGAUGGUAAAAUUGUCAAUUUGAAGUAUGUGAAAUUCCAGAAUGUUCAUAAUCUACAGAUAUUCGUCAUAAACAAUCAAACAGAUGAAGAAGUUACAAGAAUAGAUAGUUUGGGUAUUAUUGGAAUGCCUAUAUCUACAACGAAUAUGGGUGAUUUUAAACGUGUUGCUGGUAAAGUGGGAGAAGCUCAUUAACAUUAAUAAUGAUGUGUAAACAAAAUUUAUAUAUUGUUUUUACUAAUUUAAUCGUAAUAUAUAAAUGAUCACUUUCAUUUACUCGCAAAAAAAUGUCUCAAAUAAUAUACAUUUUGAUGUUAUAAAUAAAACGCAUACAUAUUAAAA